AUGUCAACACCGGCCGCACCCGGGAGCAUACCAACCCAAACCAAGCCCUCAAUCCCCAAAGGCAAAACCGAACUGAAAAUACUCAUGCUUCACGGCUUUACCCAAUCUGGACCUCUUUUCUCCUCCAAAACCAAAGCCCUCUCUAAACUCCUCAUCAAAGCCCUUUCCCCCGCACCCUAUAACCUACACCCAACGCUCCUUUUCCCCACGGCCCCGCACCGCCUGCGUCCCUCCGAUAUCCCGGGGUACACUCCCCCGGAGCAAGAAGAAGACGAGGAUGAAUCUGACAAUUGGGGCUGGUUCCGCAAAGACGAGGCGACGGGUGCGUAUCGCGGGUUUGAGGGGGGAAUGCGGAGUAUUGCGGUUACGAUUGCCGAAGCGGGUGGUAUUGAUGGCGUAUGUGGGUUUAGCCAGGGAGGAGCAGUAGCUGCAAUUGUGGCUGCAGCAUUGGAACAACCGUAUCGGGACCCGCCGUCUUCGUCCCAUGCAGCAUCCCCUUCAGACCCGGCCGCGCAACCUGAAGAGGCAGACUGGUCCUGGGUGAGCGAGCUGCGCAGCGCAAACAAUCACCAAGCGCUACGCUUCUCUGUCGUAUACUCUGGUUUCUACGCCCCGAUAGACUCGCUACGAUGGCUAUAUGAGCCGCCUAUCACGACGCCGACGCUACAUUUCCUAGGUAGCUUGGAUACGGUUGUCGAGGAGAGCCGGAGCAAGGGUCUUGUAGACCGGUGUAAGGAUCCUACGGUUAUUGUGCAUCCAGGGGGUCACUACGUGCCUGUUGCCAAGGACUGGGCUAUGGCUUUGGUAGGCUGGUUAAGGCAGCGAUAUGAGAACCCGGAGGCGGCGAGUAAACGAUCACUAUGA